UUCUCCCAAACACUUCAAACAAAACCAUGACUUCCCCACUCACUGAUUCCACAGCAGAUCAAGAAAUGCUAGACCUUGAGAAACAUGGCUGUGUUGAAAGGGUUCAGUGGGUGCUUAAUACCCCUAAGCCACCAGGGUUAGGCCAUGAGCUCAUGGAAACUGCUUUUUCUUGGAGAAACAAAAUUCCAUUUCUUAACAAGCAGUCCGGAUGGAAAGGUGAAGUACUUUCAAUGUUGCAAGCAACGUUGCCCAUCCUUUCUUGGUGUCAGAACUACAAGGCAACAAAAUUCAAGCGCGACUUAAUGGCAGGUCUAACUCUUGCAAGCCUUUGCAUUCCUCAGAGUAUUGGAUAUGCAACUUUGGCAAAGCUUGAUCCUCAAUAUGGCCUGUACACAAGUGUAGUCCCACCUCUCAUCUACGCCGUGAUGGGAACUUCAAGAGAGAUAGCAAUUGGACCAGUGGCUGUAAUUUCACUACUUCUGUCCUCAAUGGUACAGAAACUACAGGAUCCUGUUGCUAACCCAAUCGCUUACCAGAAGCUUGUUCUCACAGCGACUUUCUUUGCUGGUACCUUUCAAGCUGCUUUUGGACUAUUCAGGUCAGGUUUCCUUGUCGAUUUCCUAUCACAUGCUGCAAUCGUUGGAUUCAUGGCAGGCGCUGCCAUUGUCAUUGGUCUUCAACAACUCAAGGGACUACUUGGGAUCACUCACUUUGCAAACAAGACAGAUAUUAUCUCUGUCAUGAAAGCCAUGUGGAGUUCCUUCCAUCAUCCUUGGAGUCCUCAUAAUUUUAUUCUCGGAUCUUCAUUCCUGAUUUUCAUCCUAAUCACAAGAUUUCUGGGUAAAAGGAACAGAAAACUCUUUUGGUUGCCCGCUAUUUCUCCUCUGCUAUCUGUCAUUUUAGCAACUCUUAUUGUUUUCCUGACUAAAGCCGAUAAGCAUGGAGUUAAGAUAGUAAAACACAUCAAAGGAGGCUUAAAUCCAAGUUCAGUGCAUCAGCUGCAGUUCAAUGGGCCUCAUGUUGGGGAAGUGGCUAAGAUUGGCUUGGUUGUUGCUAUUAUUGCACUCACGGAAGCAAUUGCAGUUGGUCGAUCUUUUGCAGCCAUAAAGGGAUACCACCUUGACGGAAACAAAGAAAUGGUUGCCAUGGGGUUCAUGAACAUCAUAGGUUCUUUCACUUCAUGCUAUGUUGCAACUGGCUCUUUCUCGCGGACAGCUGUGAAUUUCAGUGCCGGUUGUGAAACUGCAGUGUCAAAUAUUGUGAUGGCUAUUACAGUGUUCAUAUCCUUGGAAUUGUUCACAAGGCUCUUGUAUUACACUCCGACUGCAAUCCUUGCUUCGAUUAUUCUCUCUGCUCUUCCAGGGCUUAUUGACUUCAAUGAAGCUUACAAUAUUUGGAAGGUUGAUAAGCUAGACUUCCUAGCCUGCAUUGGAGCCUUUCUAGGGGUGUUGUUUGCAACGGUGGAGAUUGGUCUUCUUGUGGCGGUAACAAUUUCGUUUGCAAAGAUAAUUCUCGUAUCCAUUAGACCAGGCACAGAAACCCUCGGAAGACUUCCUGGAAGUGACAUGUUUCGUGAUGUCAAUCAAUAUCCUAUGGCUGUGAAGACUCCCGGGGUCUUGAUAAUGCGCCUCAAGUCUGCCUUACUUUGUUUUGCAAACGCCAAUUUUGUCAGAGAAAGGAUUAUGAAAUGGGUUGUUGAAGAGGAAAAGGACAGCAAGGGAAACGCAGAGAAGACUAUUCAACUAGUAAUUCUUGACAUUUCCAAUUUGAUGGACAUUGAUACAUCAGGAAUUGCUUCCCUGGAGGAACUGCAUAAGAAUCUUGAUUCAAAUGGAAUGAAGCUGGCCAUUGCAAACCCUAGGUGGCAAGUGAUCCACAAGUUGAAGCUGGCUAACUUUGUCUACAAAAUUGGAGGAAGGGUCUAUUUAAGCGUUGGAGAAGCUAUGGACUCGUUUUCCCUCUAGAGCAAAAAAGAGCUUUAAAAAAAGUGUUGAAGCUUUUUAAAUAUCAAAACAUGGCUUUGCUUGUCUCUUGCGUGUAUGUUCCAGUCCCUUGCUGCAUCCUUAUGUAGCCAGCAAAUGGGACAGACGAUAAUUAAGAGUGUAGAACUCAAUUAAUAAAGAAAUAAGUGAGACUUGAUUGUCAAAAAA